UAUCACCCUAACCCUCUGUAGAUGCUGCACCUAAUCAGACAGUGUUUGUGUCACAUAUCGUCUCAUUAACACGCAAUACAAAACAUAACACUUGGUGGCGCAAGAACAAAAACAACUGUUUUGUUUCUUUUUUUUACAUUUGAACCUUUAAUAGAUUAUUUCAUGGUUAAUCGCGGUUUUAUUACUAAUUAUAGUUAUUUUAUCUGUGGCGCCCUCUGGCGAUAACCCCGUGUAUUUUACCUCCCACCUUCUUAUCAGUGACCGUCCCACUACGUCUCUGUUGUUAGUUCUAUAGUCUCUCUCUCUCUCUCUCUCUCUCCGUACGGCGUUACUGUUGUUUUGUUGUUGGGCUCAGUCGUCACGUCAAUGACUUUACAGCAUUUUCGCUUAAACUUUUAAACUAUUUUUUAACUUUUUUCUCUUUUUUUUCUUCAUUUUUUAAAUUCUUCUUCAAUCAGUCCGUGUUUAUCUCAGUUUAUGGUGCGGUCUAGCCAACAUGGACACCGUUUGUCCGCCGGCCGGGGACUAGAACUUUCUCAUCGGGUUCUUCAUCCGUUCAUUGUAGAUGUAGACCGUCAUUUAUCCAACCAUCUGCCCGGGAAAGUGUUUCUGAAUCAGGUGGAUGUAGCUCGACCGGCUCUGUUCCACCUCGGAGGUCCUAUCAUGAACACACUGCCUCUUGGGUUUUGCUGAACUUUUCCCAACACUGGACUCGCCAUGUCGGGAGUGGUCCGCACCCUGAGCCGCUGCCUGCUCCCGGCCGACGCCAGCCGGGACCCGGGCGGAGGCAAAGAGGGGAGCCGACAGAGGGACGCGGCGCAGGAGCGGGAGGCGAGGCGCAGGAGCCGGGAGAUAGACGCGAUGCUCGCCCGGGAGAGGAGAGCCGUGCGGCGGUUGGUGAAGAUUCUCCUGCUUGGAGCCGGAGAGAGCGGGAAGUCGACGUUCCUCAAACAGAUGCGCAUUAUUAACGGACAGGAGUUUGACCAGAAAGCCCUGCUGGACUUCCGGGACACGAUCUAUGAGAAUAUACUGAAGGGCACGCGUGUACUGGUGGACGCGCGGGACAAGCUGGGCAUCGGCUGGCAGAGCUGCGAGAACGAGAAGCAGGGCAUGCUGGUGAUGUCGUGGGAGGGGCGAGUGGGGGCCCCGGGCGUGGAGCCCAGUGAGUUCCAGCUGUACGUGACGGCCCUGUGUGCACUGUGGGCCGACGCUGGGAUACAGGAGGCCUACGCACGACGGGCCGAGUUCCAACUGAGUGAGUCAGUGAAGUACUUCCUGGACAACUUGGAUCGUAUCGGACAACUGAACUACAUCCCGAACAAACAGGACAUUCUGUUUGCCAGAAAAGCCACCAAGGGGAUAGUGGAGCACGACUUUUUCAUCAAGAAGAUUCCCUUCAAGAUGGUGGACGUCGGGGGGCAGAGGUCGCAGAGACAGAAGUGGUUCCAGUGUUUCGAUGGAAUCACAUCCAUCCUCUUCAUGGUGUCAUCCUCCGAGUAUGACCAGGUCCUGAUGGAGGAUCGAAGGACCAACCGUUUGGUGGAGAGCAUGAACAUCUUUGAGACCAUCGUCAACAACAAGCUCUUCCUCAACGUGUCCAUCAUCCUCUUCCUCAAUAAGACUGAUCUCCUGGUGGAGAAGAUACGCACAGUGGACAUUCGCAAAAACUUUCCUGAGUUCAGGGGAGAUCCUCGCCGACUUGAGGACGUCCAGGCGUUCCUGGUGCAGUCGUUCAGUCGUAAAAGGAGAAACCGGGGGAAACCCCCCUCCCCCCACUUCACCACCGCUGUGGACACCGAAAACAUCCGCUUCGUCUUCCACGCCGUCAAGGACACCAUCCUGCAGGAAAACCUCAAAGACAUCAUGCUGCAGUGACCGUCCAGCGGCAGACGCCGACCGUAAAAACCACGCGUGUCCAGAGGACGACAGUAGGAGCUGGACACGUCCUGACUCUGACCUUCGACCUUUGGAGCAGAUCUUUUUUUUGACCCAUGGUGUGGAUCUAACCAAACCCUGGACCAGUG